ACAUGUAAUCACCCCCGACGGCCUCCUGUCUCGACCAAGACCUCUGACCUCAAGCGCCCAUCCCGCGCGCCACUUCUGACCGCCUAUCACCCCAAUAUACUUCUUUCCUUGCUUGGAAAUAAUCAAUCACCAUGGUCGCCGACGACUUGUACGAAAAGGCGCUGCCUGUGUUGCAGGACGAGGCCCUGGACGAGGAGGACAAGACGGACAAGCUCGAGGAGCUUCUGCGCAAGGAGACAAACCUUACCGGCAAGUCCCUCGAGAACAUUGUCCUGGACUGCCUAUGGCGCUACCGCGACGCCGGCAGCUCUUCCAGCUCUCCUCCCAGUCGUCAUACCAUCAUCCGCCGGCCCUCGCCAGCUCCCUGGCAGGCCAACCGCGCCCCGACUCCCGUCAACAACUCUCCGCGCAUGGUGCACCCUCCACCAGGCUUCGGCAUAGGUCCACCCGGCUUCGCACGCACAAAGUCGUCGACUGCAUCCCCCUUUACUUCUCCGCGACCCUCGCCCCGACUUGCUUUUUCCACACCGCAUAUCCCCCAUAGCCCCAGCCUGAGCGCAUACCAGUUCAGCGAGUGCGCAAGUCCGAACACAGAGUCCUAUGGCGAUCUCGAUGGCCACUCCGUCGACUGGCUGGUCAACGAUGAUGCUGCAAGCACAGAGUCCUCCCUCCUGGGUGACGGCACGCUCAACGGUGCCGCGGCCGAAUGGGUGCAGCCCCAGACCAUGGACAUGGGCCCGUACGACAUGUUGCGCUCCAUUCUGAGGGACGACCGAUCAGACGAAGAGCUUGAGAAGGUCUUGGAGGCUAAUGGAUAUGACCUCAGUGCUGCCCUGCUUGCACUAAUGGGGCAGCAACUAGACGUACAACAACUCCCCACUACUCCUUCAGAGCAUCCUGGAUAUGUCAUCGGAAAGUCUAUGAGUCCGGCGUUUAGACCUAGCACACCCGUAGGCCAGCAGAAAAGCAACAUCGUGUGCAAAUACUUCCUAUCAACAGGACAUUGUGCCAGAGCAGAUUGCAGGUUCAGCCACGAUACCAGCAAGACAUUAUGCAAAUAUUUCCUAAAUGGAAACUGUCUAGCUGGUGACACAUGCCUCUUCUCACAUGAUCCCUCUGCUCUCAUGGCUCGUAUGGCUGUCUCAGACGUCCAGACUCCACCUAUACCAAACUUCCAGAUGUCUGAUUAUGAGUUCCCUACACUCCACUACAACGGCUCACCCCUAGGUACCCCAUCGAUAACAUCAGCUGCAACCUCUUUGGAACAGCUCUAUGGCCUUACUAGUGGUGGCCCUACACGUCCUCCACCAGGACUUAGCCCAUUUGCCAACUUCACCCCUGGAGGCGGUAGUCGUCCGCAAUCUAGAACCGGCAGUCGCCAAACCUCACGUGCUACUACACCAUCAGUACUUGCAGUGGACGACAAUGAUGCUUUCCCUAGUCUAGGCUCCGCUGCCGCUGCUAAGACUGGAAAGCGUCACCACGGCAAGCGGGGUGGCCAUGGUCAUCACAAGGAUGCCCCGGGACCUAAUAACCUUGCUGAUGUCGUUCGCAUGUCCCCUGUCCCUGCUCCUGUCACUCCGGUCCGCAAGGGAUUAAGACCAACCAAAAGCUUCACCGGAUCUCGCGAGAAUAGUGUGGCUGCACAGGCAAUACCUGCCCCUCAACACAUUCCGUGGUUAGAGACCGGCGAGAAGGGUAAUCAAGCGUAUCUUAAAGCUCGCGCCGAGGCCUUUAAGCAUGGUAGUCUGCGCAACAAGUUUUUGCAGAGUGCUGCUCAGGCCUGGAACCGUAGUGAUUCGCGCGCGGCUAAAGCUCUUAGUCUUAGGGGGCAGAGCGAGAAUAACCUGAUGCGUGAAGCCCACCGUGAAGCUGCUCGUAUUCUUUACGAAGAUCGCAACAAGGACAGCGACGGCUCAAGAGAGCUGUAUGUUGAUCUUCACGGUCUGCACCCAGAUGAAUCCGUGUCAUACCUCGAGGGCAUUCUUCUGAAGCACAGCUCAUCUUCUCGUCCAGUGUAUGCCAUCACAGGAACCGGCCAUCACUCCAAGAAUGGCAAGGACAAAGUCGGCAAGGCUAUUCGCGGCUUCCUCAACGAAUGGCGCUAUGCUUUCCGUGAGUUCUCUGUUCCUGGCGAUCGUAACAACGUAGGUGGCAUUCUUGGUAUCGACCCGAGUAGCUACGAUAAAAGCGUCGCAGAACGGCUGAAGGAGUCCGAAUCAGACGGAGAUAGCUCGAAGAAAGACACCAAGAUUCGCAUCAUGAAGAGAGAUGAUGUAAUAGACGCGCCGAAAGGUCCAAAGCGUGCUGCUUGAUCUGAUUGAGUGGAAUGUUCAAUGUACCUAAUAGGUAGCAAGAAAUAAGAAAGAGUUUACUUCACCGC